AUGAAGCUGAAAAAUUAUUUUGAAUUAAGAUUAUUAGCUUAAAUAAAAUAAUUAUUAAAAAUAUUGGAAUCAUUAUAUAUUACUUAUAUGUUCUUUUGUGCUAUUUUACCUGAACCAGUUGAAGAUAUUUAUAGAAAUUUAUAAAAAAAAUCCAAUCAAAAUAAAGAUAGGAAGAAGAAAUCAUGUUUUAAGCAGAAUUGA